AUGACAAAGAAGACGAUGAAGACGUCAGGAAAUCAACCUGUUGGCUCCAUUUUGGGUGAUUUGUGCACAAAAUACGACAAGACGACGUCGAAAAAGAUCAAGCUCAUUGACGGCUUCCUCGUCUAUGUUUUGGCCACGGGCCUGCUCCAAUUUAUCUAUUGCUUGUUGGUGGGCAGUUUUCCUUUCAACUCGUUCCUUGCCGGCUUUGUGUGCACUGUUGGUGUCUUUGUACUGGCAGUGUCGCUUAGGAUGCAGAUCAAUCCGGAAAACAAUUUUGGGGACCGUACGGAGCAACGUGCCUUUGCUGACUACCUCUUGUGCAACAUUAUCCUCUUCCUCGUUGUGUUUAAUUUCAUGGGUUAA